AUGAAAUACGUGAUUCCUCAUGUCUAUCGCGACGAACUUGAGACAAUUUGGAAGGUAGAUCAGCGCCUUCCAACUCUUCAAUCACGUCGAAAAUGGUGCGAAGCACGUCGUCUCGACCCGCAAUGCAUUCAUCGUUGGUACUCACGCAAAAGACUCACCGCAAGACGAAAUCGCGUUGAUCUACCCCCAGAUUCCGAUAUGUACGACCUCGAAGUCGGUACGCCUCCAGUACCAGAGCCAGUUGUCGAGACUGAAACCGAGGCUCAUUUGAAGCCAGCUAAAGUGUCGAAGUGGCCAGAAUCCGUACUUCGUCGUUCAAGGCGUAUUGCUAUGAUUUCGUCGGACCCGCUUUCUUCGCCAAAUUCUCUCAGUUCAGGUCCAUUCUUUCCCGAAUCGUCUCCCUUUACUUCACCUCGUCCCGAGAAGAUAUUUCGUCCCGAGGAGAGAUUAUCUUCGUACUUUCUGGCAGAAACAUCUCGAAUCGUGCCUACUCCAAGUUGCGCUCUGUCUGCAGUCUCCACUCCCAGACCUAGUUCUCCAGACCUUUCUGGUAUACCAGAUGCACCUCUACACUGUGGACUCAGCCUUACGAGCACUCACGACCACGUUAUGGGCCCCACUUCUGACCUGUCAGUUCAACCACAACCCACUCCAGAGUGCACUCAAGGCAGUUCCAACGCCGAUUCCGACUAUAUAUGCGCUUUAUGCUUGAAAGCUGAGGAUCCAUCAACGCACUGUACUUGGAAUGAUGCGAGUCAAGUGCAGUCUCUAUACUCGCUAUACCCGUCCUAUUUCUCGAGCGAUCCACCUUCUGAGCCUGUCCUUUUACUCACUCGUCCGCUCACGCCCCUCAAAGACAUAGUACCAUCAAUUUUCCACUACUCGGAUAUAUCCUUCGACUCACAAUCUUCUGGUCCGAGGGACGCAGAACAUCCAGCUUACUCUUAUGUACUCGCGCUCGCAUUUCCAGAUGUUCGUUUCUCACCAGAUGGUUUCCAUAUCUGUUCUUCGCCCUGCACAGCCGAUAGCUCUUGCACCUACUUCAAUGCACUCUGCGCCAUGGCUAAGCCGUUCCCACCAGCUUUAGAAAGUCUCGACGACGUACUCGCUACUCCUGUUGUUGACCCGUAG